AACUGUUGUGCUCGGAUAGAUAUGGGGAGACGCCCAGCCAUCAGACGGCGAAGAUUCUCCAACUUAAGCGGGUAUACGAGAAGCAAAACCCUAGCGCGAUACAUAUAAAGAAGUCCGGGUCGCCCUGGUUGUUCCGUUCAGUGAUUCUUUUCCUUCUCUCCAUUUUUGGCUUGAGAGGGAGGAGAAGAUGUCGGACGAGGAGCAUCACUUCGAGUCGAAGGCCGACGCCGGCGCGUCGAAGACGUUCCCGCAGCAGGCUGGGACCAUCAGAAAGAAUGGGUACAUCGUGAUCAAAGGCAGACCCUGCAAGGUUGUUGAGGUUUCAACCUCUAAAACCGGCAAGCAUGGUCAUGCCAAGUGUCACUUUGUGGCGAUUGAUGUUUUCACUGCUAAGAAGCUUGAAGAUAUUGUGCCCUCAUCCCAUAACUGUGAUGUUCCCCAUGUUACUCGCACUGACUACCAACUCAUUGAUAUUUCUGAAGAUGGUUUUGUUAGUCUACUGACUGACAGUGGAAACACAAAGGAUGAUCUAAGACUCCCCACUGAUGAAACUCUGCUUGCCCAGAUUAAAGAUGGUUUUGCUGAAGGCAAGGAUCUGGUGGUGACUGUCAUGUCAGCAAUGGGAGAAGAACAGAUCUGUGCUUUGAAGGACAUUGGUCCCAAAUAAGUUUGAUUUGAACCAAAAAUCUGAGUCCUGCCAUGGGGAAGUAAGAAGCCUAGGCUCUCCCCUUGACAUAUUGUCCUAUCCCGUUAUCUGUAUCUCCCCCUUCAAUUUGCAAGUCCAUUUCGUUAGGAGAUAUUCUUUAUUGCUACUUAUGAAGACUGCGUAGUCUCCCUGUCUUUUAAUCAAACGCCUUUCAAUGAACAUGUGUACUGUAUGGCGUUCAUUUGUUAGAAUAUCGUAGAAGGGACAUUGGAUCAUGCUUUGAUGUCAUCGUCGGGUAUGCUUGGGUUAUUCAUGAUGUUGGGAUUGUAUUUAACUGGACUUGCAGUGCAUGACAAUUUCCCUGCCUGGAGAUAUGUGUAAGUACUGUUAACGUUCAUCUAUAUUCCAUUCAAUAAGCUUGUAUUGAGUUUGUGCC